CAUUUUACAAUUUCAAAUUGUCAUCAAAGUUCCUUUCAAUUAAAAUCAAAACACUUUGAUUUAUCGUUGCCACUUUUUCAUCUUAUUUAGUUAAUCGUCUCAUAAGUUAAUUAUGGUCAGUAAAUUAGGCCUUUUAACCUUAAUUGGGCUAACUUUUUGUCUCGUUGAUCCAACAAACGGACAAAAUAGCGCUGCUAAUAGUGAUUCGUCAGCAUCUUCAUCAUCAUCAUCGGCAUCAGGUACUAAUAAUGCCCAGAACAACAUCAAUGAUCAAAAUGAUAACAAUAAAAAUACAAACACUGUUAAUAACAAUGGUGCCAAUGGAGGUUCAUCAUCAACAUCAAGUAGCAACAACAACAACCCUGUCGAUAAUAAUAAUUGUAAUGAUCAAAACCCUCACGGUCGCAUCUUACUUGACCCCUAUGAAAACGGUUAUGGUGAUUAUAAGGGAGAUCCGUAUGAUCAGGCCGUUGUUGAUCCUUGGUAUCGAUCCUUAUUAAGGCAGGAAUAUCAGCUAAUCUCCGUUUCAGCAGCGAUCUCCAGCAUGGUGAUGGCUGAUUAUAUAGAUAUGAUGCGCAAUACAUUAGGACUUGGAGAAGAUGAAAAUACUGAUGGAAAAUCGAACGGAGAAACUUAUUCGAAUUCAAACUCUGGUGCUAAUUCAAAAUUUAACACGAGAACAAGCUCGAACUCUGAUUCUAACGGUAACGCUAAUACUAAUUCCAAUUCCAAUGCUGAUUCUAAAUCUGAUUCCAACGCUGUUGCUAAUUCUAACACAAGUUCGAGCUCAAAUUCUAAUUCAAACGCUAAUUCCAACACUGAUUCCAAUACGAAUACGAAAACAUACUCGCACUCUAAUUCUAAAUCUGAUUCCAACGUUAAUUCUAACACGAACACGAACUCUAAUUCCAACACUGAUUCUAACGCUAACGCUAAUGCUAAUUCCAAUUCCAAUUCCAAUGCUGAUUCUAAAUCUGAUUCCAACGCUGUUGCUAAUUCUAACACAAGUUCGAGCUCAAAUUCCAAUGCCAAUGCUAAUUCCAACACUGAUUCCAAUACGAAUACGAAAACAUACUCGCACUCUAAUUCUAACUCUGAUUCCAGCGUUAAUGCUAACUCGAACUCGAACUCGAAAUCUAAUUCCAACGCUGACUCUAACGCUAACGCUAAUACGAAUGCAAAUUCUGUCAAUUAGUUUAUUUACUAAACCAAUAGCCUAAUCAAUAUGAUUAUAAUAUCAUAAUAAAUCACAAUUAAAUUAAAUAAUAACAGGUUAUAAA